CGGAGACGAAAGGCUGUUCCAGAACGUGAAAGGUCAAGAAAAUCAAGGCCUGCUUGCUGGUCUCCCUGGGGCACCAGUGACGGGAUCAUCCCACCCAUGCGAGCACAACAUCGGUAUGCUCGGGUCUAGUCGGCUGCGGUAGUGGCUAGCUGUCAUGGCAGCACUGGUUGCGGAGAGAUGGAGACGGGAAAGUCAAAUUGAUGGAGAGGCGGUCCGGAGAAAUGCUUUGGAGGGAAAAAGGUGGCAGGGCAGCGAACACAAGCAUGGGAAGCAAAGCCCAGUGGAGAAAAGGCUCGUGCUCAGUGAUGCCCUCGGGGCCCGCGGAAAUAUGGGCCAACGCUGCGCCACAGGUGCCUAUACAGGUACCCACCUACCCUUGCCCAAUCAGGCUUGGCUAACGCUAGUGGCAGCGCCUGCAGCACGCCAACCGAUGCUCAAUUGGAUCCCAAUUCCGCCCAUUUUCUGGCUUUCCCCCCAGACGAAAAGCCAAGCGGCCAAGCAAGCCAACGAGGUCUCUGGUGCGGGAAAGCGUGACGCCUUGAUUCUCACUGGACGACCCGCUUCUCUCCGUCUGGGUUGGGUUCCAUGGUCUUUGCGGCCAGCCCCUGACGAAAAGAGCCGCCUCAGGGAUUGCAAGUGGUUUUUUUUUUCGUGCCUUCCCACAAGUAUGCAUGGGUCAUGGAGGCCGCCCGCCGGCCACGAGCGCACCCGCCCACCUGCACCCACCGCUGCACGCUGCCCUGCUGCGUUUCGAAAUCCCGCGCGCUCCGCCGAUUGACAAAAACCACCAGCAUUGAACACCGACCCUCUCUGGCCAGCAUUGUCGUCCUUCCCCCCUCCGCCCCAUCGAUAUCGAUAGACGGGCCUCAAGGCGCAUUGAACAGAAGGAUCCAUCCAAUCUCGAGCUGGGAAUGUCGGUCCCAUAGCUGUCUCAGGGUACGGCUCGCCCACGGCACACCCGCGGUGCGUCCACCACGACCGUGGCCAUGAGUUCUCUCACCAUUGCCGCUCCGACGGCCGCCAGCGGCCUGUCCUCGACGACACUCACGGCCUCGCUCCCGACCGCCAUCAUGGACUCGGCUGUGCCCUCCGUCAUCCUCGGCACGGCGAACUCGACAAGCCCCAGCCUCCUGACCACCGAUUCCAGCGCGGCCGCCGCCAUGGCCUCGGCCACCCAGGCCGUCGCGCUUCACUACGGUGCCUCCAACUCCACCAUCAACACCGGCCUCAAGAAGGACAACUAUGGCGCCUUGCGCGCCUAUCCCGAGCCCUUCUCCCGCGGCGUCAGGCAGCUCGGAGACCUCGCCAAAUAUGUUGCCGAUACCACCAAUUCCCAGCCGUACGAGAUCCCUAUCGACGAGCCAACAUGCUUCAUCACGCCCUCGGACCGCUCAGUCUCGGUUGACCCGCAGAUGGAUUCACUGCCGACGAACUGCACCCUCGCCUGCAUGCAGCCGCGCUUGCUCUUCGAGCCCACCACCUUCGCCACGUGCAUCCAGCUGGCCACCGCCGCCAUGCUCAUCGAGGCCGGCCAGGCCCAGGUCGACAGCGCCCACGAAACUACCCGAAAGACGUCGCAGGAGCUUGCCAUCGCGGGCGACCUGAGCGGCUUCAACGGCACCAAGGUCCUGACCGACAUGGUGAUAUGCGCCGUCGCCGCCUGCAAAAACAAGGGCAAAGGCGCCUGCAGCGAGGAUAUAAUCAGCCUCGCCGACAACCCCAUUCAAGUCGGCAACUUGGUGAGAGUGCACGACGUGCUCCAAGAUUACUGCGUGUAUGCCGACAGUUUCGUCAAUGAGGACGUGGCAGGCCCGGGAGUGCUCAUGUCGUAUAUCUUCCAGACCGGCAUAGCCUUGCUCUUCUUCGCGCUGUCGAAGCUCUUCACUUCGGUCUUCCGGCCCUUCAUAUGGGCCUACAUGCAGACCCGCAGCACCACCCGCGCUGACGCGUGGAAGCUGUCUGGCGACAAGCAGCGGCGGCUGGCUCUGACCCGCGGCAAUGCGGCCGUGAUAAGUUCCAUGGUUGAGUUCCAGGAGGUGCAGGGCUAUUUCGUGGCCGCGAUCCAGGUUGCAACCCUGGUGACAUUCCGUGGCUCCGAGGGGCCCGACCUCAACACCGUCACCUCCUUGGGCUCGAUUCUGUUCAACUCGAGUCUGGUCCAGAUGCUGGCCGUGUCGGGUGUCCUGCCCGUCCUGCUGGUACAGUGCUGUCUUCAGCGCGCCGGCAUGCGCUGGUGGUACACGCUCGGCAUCUCCACCGUCGUCUUCAUACUUGGUAUGACGGUCGACGUCCGCGGUGGUUACAUGCUGCCCGACUUCCAGCUGGUAUUCGAUUAUUUCAAACGCGUCGCUCCCGUGGCCGAGUGCGGCGACAACCCGAACCCACUGGUUUACUGUGCUGGCGACCUAAACUUUAUCGUAUCGGAUGAUCUGGGCCAGAACAUGUCAUACUAUGUCUACCCGUCCCUGGUGGUUGAGCAGGCGUCUUGGUGGCUGUGGCGCCGAUACGCCAUGGAGCGCAAGGCCCGUCGUUGGGAGCGGUCACGCCCCUGGGCUCGCGUGCUGCGCCGCAAAGUCUGGCCGGCCGUCUGGUACUUUUACUGGCUCCUUCUCCAGAUCGUUCUCACCCUCUUCACCGUCCUCUACUUUUUCAACAUAUUCACGCUCGUGAGCGAUUCGACCCUGGUAAAUGGCCAGAGGUGGACCUACGGCCAGCUGGUGGCUGUCAUGGUGUGGGCUCCCAUACUCGGGAAAUAUCUUUACUUCAACAUUUUUGGUAUCGAAGAGGGCUUCGGAAGACGACUCGCGAAGCACUACAAGGUUGUCCACCGCUCAUCACGCGAGGAAACGGAUGAGGAAGAUGACGACGACUCGGAAUCUCUGGAUGGGCACCAGGUCAUGGAGCAGGGGGUUGAGCUCAAGGUGACCCCUAUUCCCUCCUCCACGACACUGAAUGUGAUUCCAUCGCCGGGGGCAGACGGUCCGCCCGCGAACUCGAGGAGCCCCUCGUCGCCGAACCCGUCGUCGGGACUGAUGACGUCGACGCCCGACACGCCUACCGGCCCUGACCCAAUACCUCCGCCACCUGCGGCGUCGUCGAUGAGGCCGCCAGAUCACUUUGUGAACCCCCACCCGUCGAUGCUACCGAGCUAUGGGGCGUCAGACGCCGACGAUGAUGUUGUAAUGGUUGGCGGCGUCGCUAUUGCUGUGGAAAACCAUCCCCCGAUGGACCGACGGGGGGAUGUUUAAUGACUUGUUGAGUCUGGGUGUGUGGCAUUCACUCACCCGCCAGCGUGUGACCAUGAAUAUUUUCCUCGAAAGCGACCACAUCAUAGAACACCACCCUCUGUUGUCGCCUGUCCGGCCGGUUUUGCUUUUGUGCAGCCGUGCAUGAGCACCAACUGGACCGAACUCCGGUUGGGGUGGAACGUCGGACAGACACUGUCCGAUGUUUGCCGUGUGGGGGUUCAUAGGUUUCGAGGAUCAGGGUGAGGACUGUUCAGGUCUUUCCCCCUACACCUUGGAAUCCGCGCCGGAUGCAAACCAUCUAAGGAGGCGGAAUCCAUUUCUCAUCUCUCGUUAAUGGCGGCUUUCCCUUUCACCCUGUGGCCUCGAGGUCAAGUUUUUGACUUGAGCCCUUGAUCCUUUGUCGAGCACUUACCAAUUGGGUGGUCUUGAGCAGGACGGGUGACUAGAGGUAUGACCAGGGGAGCAUCGGCCUAUCGCCGAAUAUCUUGUCGAUGAAGCUUUGCGGCUCGGUGGUCUCGUCGCAGGCUGACGCACGAGACUGCUCCCACUCUGCUAUCCAGGCAUGGAGGUUGUGACAACCAUGGAUCCACGAUUUCCCCCAUGCAAACAUGGCAUUCUCGGGAGAGGUCAUGGUCCUUUGCGAAACUCGGAAAACGGACGAGAGCGGUAUCGGCGAGGCAAAGGUGGGAGGGCGAUACCAUCUUUAUAUGAUAGAUGGUGCCACCACUGGCCGCUAUAGAAUAUCCCGGAGAUGAGGACGGACGGGGGUAUUUUGGAUACGAAGGACGGUGUCCCACGUUGCCUCGACGGAUUCGAGGAAAUGAUGUAGCGAUGCUGGAACGAGCGAUAUGCAUCUUGUGUAUAAUAUACUUUCGUGCCGGCUGCGGCACCCACUUCAUUUGUUGGCUUUUCUCGGGUGAUCAUGCUUAAGUGCAAGCACUAUUAGCCGCCUGCCACCCGCAUAACGGAACGGGUGUGACCGAAGAUGGCCGCCCAACCGCUGUCGCACAGCCACAAACAAUUUUAUGUAGCAGCCACAGCACACUCGCCACACUUCACCAUGACGCAGUUGUGGGCCGCAGACGGAAGAUCGUGCAACAGUGGAA